AUGGCGGAAUGUCUUGGAAAACGCUUUGGAAAGUUGAAUAAUGUAUUCAACUGUGAUUUGGGCGGCGAAAGCCCUAAAACGGGAAACCUUGCGGUGCCAGCAGGUUACGGUGGUGGAGCUUCCCAGCAGCAAACGACUGGUUUUCCUCAUCCGGAUUGUGCACCUAACUCCUUUAACCUGGCGGCGUUUAGAUCACCCGGUUUGUUGGGAACGCAUGGAUUUAAUUUUGGGAACAACUUCGGUUUUCGAGAUCCAUCCGUGUUUGAUCCGACCAACGUGCACCAGGGCCCGAUCCAACAGCACUUACCUCAGACAAACGGAAAUACCUUACUGAAUCUUGCUCAGGGGUUCCGGAAUAACAAUGAUACCAGUCCUGUGAAUUUGUAUCUUGGGAAUUCGAGCCCGUCUAGAGAUACAAACUUGGAUACAUACUGCUAUCAGAAGAAAGAUUACCCCGAUAGUCAAGAAAAUCUCAGUUAUAACGAACAAAAUAAAGACGACGAGGUUAACAUUCUGAGCCGAGAAAAUAGUCCAAACGGAAGGAUAAACUACAAUUCGGACAGUUCAGAUAUCCGGGAUAAACGACAAGAUACUUGCAGUCCUGUUGACAGCUCGCGAUCUUAUUCUAGUCAAAAUAAGGACGACCUUACUGGUUACCACAGUCCGCACAACGACAGCGUUGGGUCCCGCAGUCCGGAAAAUCUAUCCCAUAUCGGCCUCAACAAUCCUGCCAUUGUACCCGUCGGCAGUGGAUACACUCCGAACAAUCCCAACUGCUCCAACAACAAUAAUUUAAUCAACAAUAACCACCUGAAGACCAAAUCGCACACGAUCUCCGACAUGUUGGAUCACAAACUGCAGUUGAGUUUUCUGGGACCGCCCCUGGCCGCCCUGCACUCGAUGACGGAGAUGAAAGCUCAACAGGGUGGCAGUCCGGUUCAGAAUACACCGCCACAAACGCAAACCCACCAGGUUGCCGGAGUACCCGGAGGUGGUGGAGCUCCCAAUCCGCACGGGAUCGAUACGAUAUUAUCGCGACCACCGCCGGUAACCAGUGCCCAAUUGAAUGCCUUAGGAGGUGGAAUGCCUCGAUUCUCGGCAGCCGUCGCUGCCGCCGCCAACAUGGCUCAAUAUCUAUCCCAAAGUCACGGAGCACCGCUGAAGGCACACUCGGGUCCGCUGGUGGAUCGAACGCAUCUCUAUUGGCCCGGGCUGCAGGGACUUGUUACGAACCCAAUCGCUUGGCGGGAACGGCUUGGUUCAACUAUGUCAGCUAGUCUAUCACAAUCACAUCACAACCAAGACAAGGAUGGCAAAAAGAAACACACCAGGCCGACCUUCAGUGGGCAGCAAAUCUUUGCGCUGGAGAAAACGUUCGAGCAAACCAAGUAUCUGGCCGGACCGGAACGGGCGAAACUGGCUUACGCGCUGGGGAUGACCGAGUCUCAAGUUAAGGUGUGGUUCCAAAACCGGCGUACCAAAUGGCGCAAGAAGCAUGCGGCCGAAAUGGCCACCGCCAAACGGAAACAGGAGGAGCUGGGCGACGGCGACGGAGACUGUAGCGAACCGAUGGAUUCCGACUCGGAGAGCUUGGACCUGGUGGACACCGGAAGCAGUAGUCGGAAACGCUGCCGAAUGGAGGACGAAAUGCGACAUUAG